AUGAACAACAGCAGCCAGUAUCUACUCUCCGACUCUGCUGACUACAACUCAGUGGACUACGAAGUGUCUCCAGAGGAAAUCCCAGAUGCGACCCGUGGCCCCGCCUUCCUAGUGGCUAGCGUUGUAAUCGCGAUGUCUCUCGUUACUAUCAUGGCUGUGUGCGGGGCGGGAAACUGCGCCUUCAUCAUCAGUUUGCUUCGUGACGGGAGGCGUCGCGGCCUGACCGACCUCCUGAUGGCUAACCUGGCGGUGUCUGACACUCUGGUAGCAGCCAUUUGUUGCCCUCUGCUGCUCGACUACUACGUGAUCAGUCGGCUGUCGUGGCGUCACGGAUUGGUAACCUGCGCCGUCGUCAACUACCUGAGGACACUGUCCUUACAUGUGUCCACCAACGCGCUACUCGCCAUCGCCGUAGACAGGUACGCUGCGAUCGUGCACCCGCUGGGUCCUGGCUUGCCGUCCCAUAUGUGGUACAUUGUGCUUAUCGCUGUGUGGGGGGUCCCAGCCGUGAUCUCCAUCCCGUCGGCCACUAUGUCUUCAGAGACCGAGUACCCCCAUGGGCAGAGUGGCCCUCCCAAGACCUUCUGCGCUCAGAUCUGGCCCGUAGACCAGCGUGUCCUCUACCGAUCCUACUUCCUACUUGUCUUGGCUCUGGAGUUCUUGGUCCCGGUGUUGGUGAUGGCGGUAUGCUAUGCCCGCAUAUCCAAGGAACUUUGGUUCAAGAAGGUUCCCGGUUUCCAGACUUUGCAGAUCCGCAAGCGUCUCCGAAAGCGUAGAAGGACGGUACUGGUUCUGAUGCUGGUCCUGCUGGCCUACAUUCUUUGCUGGACCCCUUAUUACGGAUUCUCCCUGCUCAGGGAUUUCUACCCAACAGUCAUCUCCAGGGACAGGAACGCUCUGGUGGUGUUUUACAUCAUGGAGUGUGUGGCCAUGAGCAACGGUGUUAUCAACACACUUUGCUUUGUCAGCGUCAGACACAAAGCAAGAAAGAACGCGAAGUCCAAACAGUGCAUACCAGCCCCGUUGGUCUUAUUUGUUUCCAACAAGUCCAUAUGCGAUGAGGCCCGAACUUCCUCACUUAGGGUUACUGAAGAAUUGGAAGGAGGGUCCCAUAGAUCCUGA